GUAGUCUGUAGGCACAACCCUUAAUAGAAAUUGUAAAUCUUCAAUCCUGAAAUUGGAAGGCAAUAGUAACUCUCGAGCUCUUGGCUUUGAGUUCUUGGGGAAGCCAUAGACAAAACUAAAUAGAAGUAAUUAAAUCUUAAUGAAUUCGUAGAAUUCAUGGAUGGUCUCAUUGUAGUGGCGGAUCGAGUUAGAGCGAAGUCUUCAAGUUGGUAGAGAUGACAACUAUUACCAUGGGGUUCUCCGGCAAAAUUUCUCCCGGUAAGUUUUGAGAAACUGGCGGGCUGGAAGGUGUAGAGGCUUGCAGGAGCUUCUUUCCACCAUAAGAGGUGCAUGAGACCAAAUGCUAAGAAUCACAGAUGCACAACACAGGUGAAGAAGUGGGGUUACUUCAACGAUUUUUUGGAUUGGUUGAAAAAGAUGAUUAAUCCAAAUUGUUUAUUCAAAAGUAUUGGUGCAGGUUAUAAUACGGUGAUGUGUUUAUGGCUUAAUUCAAUGACGGUUUUGCGGUUUUACCCUACGAUUUUUCCUGACCCCUCGUGCUCCCCGUGCUCGGCCCAGAAUACACUCCGGCCUCCGGGCAAACCAUCCAAGAGUCACCGGAGCUGAAAAGGUCAAAAAACACUACUAUGGCUGUUGAGGCCGAGAAGAAGCCUACAUUUUUUGUCGCUGUUCACGUAGGCGCUGGAUUCCACGCUCCGUCUAAUGAGAAAGCCCUCAGAUUGGCUAUGAAACGUGCAUGCCUCGCUGCCGCUUCCAUUCUCGGAAAGGGUCCCGGUGGAUGUAUAGAUGCUGUUACGGCAGCUGUGCAAGUGUUGGAGGAUGAUCCAAAUACAAAUGCUGGGCGAGGUUCAAAUUUGACUGAGGAGGGUAAUGUGGAAUGCGACGCAAGUAUAAUGGAUGGUGAUUCUGGAGCAUUCGGUGCUGUAGGAGCAGUGCCAGUUAAUUAUUGGCAGGUGUUAGAAAUGCCAUCCAGAUUGCUGCAUUAUUAGCCAAGGACCAGCUUUCCGGUUCAGCACUGCUGGGUCGUAUAUCCCCCAUGUGCACGUGCAUGGGCAAAAUCUAAAGGUGUUGUUCUACCAGGAACAAUAAAAGAAGCCGACAAGGUUUUAUUCCUUUUUCCAUUCAUAUCCAUAUGACUUUAUGCAUGUUUCCCAGGUAUGAGUUCAAUGGAUGUGAGGUAAACUUCACUUCUUGAAGAUUAAUUUGGGGUGAGUUAGACAUAGUUUAACAUAGUUGAGGUUCUUACUUUGUGUUAAGGAACUUUAAACGACAUAUAUUUUGAAACGGAGAGAAUAAUUAUAUUUGUUAUAUAUUAAUAGUGGCUUGUGAUUGAGAGGACCAGAAACCUGUGGAAAAAAUACAGAGGAAUGCUUGAUGAUGCUAGAGCUGGCAUUCCAAGCAAUGAUGUUUCUUCCACACUGAUCACUUCCAACCCUAUGAGAUUUGAUUCAGGUUCAGAGGCUCAAUUGCUUGAUGAAGUGAAUGGAAGCAGAAGUGGUGACCAAUCUCCCUUGGAAAAUGCUCUGGAUGAGAACUGGAUUAGCGACACCGUUGGAGUAAUUUGUGUGGACUCAGAAGGGCACAUUGCAUGUGGGGCCUCAAGUGGCGGAAUUGCUCUAAAGGUCAGUGGGAGAGUUGGUUUAGCAGCAACAUACGGUUCUGGUUGUUGGGCAUCCUCAAAGGGACCAUUUGGAGCACCCUUUAUAGUCGGUUGUUGUGUUAGUGGUGCUGGAGAGUACCUAAUGAAAGGAUUUGCUGCUAGGGAAUGUUGUAUAUCCUCAUCUAUAUCUGAAGCUGGACCAGCUUCUGCCUGCUCAAAGGUUAUUCGCUCUUUCAAUCAAGAAAACAGCAGUAAAUAUUGCGCUGAAAGAAGUGCUGGAGUUUUACUAGUUCAAGCUGAGGCUCCCCAAAGGGUUGAUAAUGGAAACUCGCCGUUUGUGGAAGCUGUUGAGAUCGCAGCUGUAUUUUCUACUUUGUCAUUUGGAAUUGGGUAUUUCGGAAGCUCAAUGGAAAAUCCCAAGGUUUCUAUCCUACGAAGCACAAUGAAGCAGAGUAGAGCUGGGGUAGAUGAGUUUGCAGCGCGAAUUAAACUCCUGCCUUAAAUUCGUUUUUUUACUCGUUCUGCUGGUUGAAAACUUGAAUUACUGUACUAUGCAAACAAAAUCUACUACAUUAGAUGUGCAACUCAACUCAUGCUGCAAGUAGUGGGGGCUCUAAGGGUUAUUCCCCUUGGCCCAUUUUAUUUGUUGUAUAAUUUUAUUAAUAAAUGGUAUACAAUAAUGUCUGUUUACUUGAGUUAUAUAUACACCUAUCUUUGAACUUGUA